UUGCAAGUUUGUGCAAAGAUGCAAGCGUCAGGGCCUCAGCUGGACAGAGAAGUGUCAGAGCUCUCAGUUCCAGUCCCAUGGGGAGAGAUCAGGGGUAAAGUCUGGGGUCCUGAUCAGGGCCGUCCUGUGCUGUGCCUGCACGGCUGGGCUGACAACUGUGGUUCAUUCAGCACCCUCAUCCCCCUGCUGCCCAAAGAGUGCAGAUACCUGGCGGUGGACCUGGCAGGUCACGGCCGCUCAUCGCACCGACCUCCUGGAGUCUUUUACUCUGUGCUCGAGUACGUGGCGGAUGUUCUCAGAGUCGCUGGGUCUCUGAAGCUGAGGACAUUCUCCAUCAUAGGCCACAGUAUGGGUGCGGACAUUGCAGGGAUGUUCGCUGCACUGUAUCCUGAGAUGGUGGACGCUCUCGUGUUCUUGGACUCUUAUGGAUUCUUACCAACAGAUCCGAAAGAGAUGUACAAGGUGUUGAGGCAGGGGACAGAUGAGAUGAUUCAGUUUGAGAAAAAGACAGAAGUAAAGAAGAGAGAUUACACUUACGAGGAGGCGGUUAAGAGGCUCAUGGAUGCAAACCCCACUCUGUCUGAACAGUCUGCGCACAUCCUGUUAGAGAGAGGUCUGCUGCAGGUGGAAGGAGCAGGUUUUGUGUUCUCCAGAGACCUGCGGGUUAAUUUUAAAAACAUACACCGCUUCAGUUUGGAGCAGAGUCUGGAGAUGCAGUCGAGGAGUCAAGCCUCAGUUUUAGUUCUUCUAGCACAAGGCGGCGUUGAAAGAAGAUUUUCCGAACCAGCCCAAGAGAAAUUCACCCCAGCUCUUCUUCAAAACUUUCGGGACAGAAAUCACAAGGUGGUGACGGUACCUGGCGAUCAUCACGUCCACCUGAAUAACCCUGAGGUCAUCGCUCCGUUUGUGACCAACAUGCUACAAACUAAAGUCUUGUCAUUGUCAACCGGGCCGGAGCACAAGUUAUAAAAAAACAGUCUCCAACACGCUGUCACAGCUCCAUUAUGUUCUCCACUUGUCUGUAAGAUCAACCUGUGCUACUGUAUUAAAGCUACCGUGAAUUGUUCCUCAAUGUAACAUACUGAAAAAAUGUAUUAAAUUAAAAAUAAAUUUUGUAUGGCUAAGA